AUGCCUCCAAUUAGACGAGAUACCAACACUGGCUCGACUCAUAGAACAACUACAAAUUAUACCGAUUUGUGGAAACAGCACACUCCAGGAGUAUCAUUGUCCGGAAUGCCUACAACGAGCCUGGGAGUUCAUCCUCUUUCCCUUGCAAAUGGCACCAAAAGCUUCAACAUCAAGGAAUACUUCCCCCCCUCACAUAUCGCCACCAAACCUUAUAACGAUUUCCAGGUGCAAGGUUUUGCCACGGAUCCCAGUACAGGCUCAACAGCAAUGACCCUUGUGAAAGCGUCAGACGAAGCUCUGGCCAUUGAAGGCCACCCCGGAGCCACGAUUACACUCCAGGAUAAAGAUGCUAUUGACACAUUCUAUACAGUUCUCGACUCAAUGCCAAGUCACGGUAAGUCGACCGACGGAAUCAGAUUCAGAUAUGGUGAUCGGUCAGUAGAAGCCUUUCGAGGGGACAAUCAGGGGAACACCUGGUCCGCAAUAAUCAGCGACCGAGAGCUACCUAAAGACAGAUUGAUAGGAAGGUACACGGUUAAAGUGCCAGACGAUAAAGAUAGGUCAGCAUUUGAUCAACACUUCAACGAAGUUGCAUCCUGUGCCAUUGCUAUAUCACCGGCCAUGGACAUGGACCUGGAAACAGAAAAAGAGAAAGAUGCUGAAGUAGUCCAGAAGAAGAUGUCAUCGUUGUCGAUCGAUCAUUUCAAAUCGUCAGUACAGAAGGCCAAUCAAUCUAUAAAUAAUUGGACGAGAGAUACAGGAUAUGAGCACGACUUAGUUGGCCUUCAUCAUUUCACUCUAAAUCAAGUUGCCACCGACACUCUUCGAGAGACGAAUGUAUCGAUCAAUGGAUUCUUCGAACUUGUGUGGCUUCCGAAACUGAGAGAUUGGAAUGCUUUUCAUCAGUUUGAGAUUGCCAACAGUAUUGGUACGGCUUUACCUGUUGAUGUAAAUGGUCAUCGAAGAGUAACCGAUUUCACAGCUUGGACCCAAUCUCAAGAUGGUAGAACUUCUGUUCUCGUGAAGCAAAGGCCGCAUGAAGAGAAUGAGGGAGAACGGAUCUCUUGGUUCCAGAUUAGAGAGAAAUAA